CGAAACGUAAUCGUCGGAUCGGAGAGCUGUCAAAGUUCUGAACCACGGAUGGGCAGUGAUUUAUGAUUUUGAUAAGAAAGACAGAAAAAUAGUAUUAGAAAUGUGUAUAGUGUAUGAUUUUCUAGGGCAGUUUAAUUGUAUAAAAUGUAAAAAGUGUCAGUGUAAUAAUUAAACCACCAUCAUGGAGAAUUUCACCGGGUCUAUGGAUGAUCCGGUGGCGCAAAGAUGGAAUUCGUCAUCAAUAGACUUCGCGGAUUUAACAAUAGAUAGAAACUUUGCCCUCCUGCUAGUGUCGCUAAUAUCCGCGAUACUAUGGAUCGUUUAUAUAACGUACUACAACAGCCGUGUGCUGGGCUACAUCCUGACCAGGCUCAUCAACAAGUUCUAUUUCCAAGAUGACAAUUUCAAAAUAGGGUCGUUCACCCUCAACGCCCUGUCUGGUAAGAUAAUGUUCCGGGACAUAGUGUACAUCAACUAUGACUACAGCUUGCGGAUACAGGACGGCUACUUGAUAUUCAGGUGGUGGCGCUCCUAUGUGCCUAAGGAUGUUUCCGAAGACCUGUCGCACUCGGACACGCGGCUGUCAAUAAUGCUAAACGGCUUCGAGCUACACUUCUAUAACCGCUGUGACUUGUACAACGAACUUGAGAAAAUAUUCGGUCUCGAGCCUGUUAUCAAACAACAGAAUGACGACGACUAUACCGACCGCGAUAAGGCUAUGAAUGACGCGAACGAGAAGCGGAGACGAGCGCAAGAGACCGUGAGGUCCGAGGCCGCCAUGGCUCGCACGUGGCGUGACCUCAUACCCGUCAUCAAAAUCGAUAUCUGUUCAGGAAGAGUAGUUUUCGGUAAUAGAUUAGUCCCAACCACGUUGUCUAUAAGCGUCGAAGAGUCCCACUUAGUGUACAGUACAAAGCCCCCUGCCUCCAGUUUAGAUCACCUUAUGCACUUUGUCAAAGCCAAAGCCGAAAAUUGCAAAGUGAUGCUUGCGCCUAGUCCUAAUUACACGUCGAUGGUUGACGAACCGCCGCGGUAUAUGGGAGAGGGAUUCGUGGUAAUGAGCUCCAAUUACAUCGAAGUUUACUUCUAUAUGGACGAGCCAGGCUUGGUGCCCGAACAACCUGUUCUGCUGCAGUUAGCUAAUGGAGAUAUUGUAGAGUCAGCUCCUCCGAUCUGGGGCGUGGAUAUCAAAUGUGGAAAGGGAACAGACUUCAGCUAUGGGCCCUGGGCGGAUAGACAGAGAGAUCAUCUAUUCAAAUUCUUCUUCCCACCGAAUUAUAAAAAUUUAGAAGUAACGCCUCAGCCAAAGCCUGGAGACAUUAGACAAACGCAAUCCUUUGAUAUAAGAUUGUCAACUCUAAACGAGGCCACAAUUGAUAUUCUAUUUACGAAGAAUAAGGAAACUAACGCGGUGCAUAUAAACAUUGGUGCUGGUUCAUACCUAGAAGUAACAUUGCCAUGGAUCGUGUUACAGGACGGGUACACGACCAAAAUAACUGGACAAUUGUUGCACUUGGAAGCUACCACAAGUCUACAGUAUAGAAGCUUAGCUGAGAGUGAAACAUUAGAGUACACUGUCAAAUGCCACUACCCUCUUGUAUGGAACCACCAUCAAUGUUGGCAGUUAAGUCUGACAGGUUGUAAAGCCACGACACACCUCGUCUACACACACAUAGACUUCUUUCAAGAUCUCAUUAACGACUGGUCGACGAAAGCUCGGCCAGACAUCUUACACUUUGUACCUUAUACCUGGAAGAUAUCGUUGCUACUGAAAGAAUGUGAAGUAGUGACGGUAAGCAACCAGUACAACUGGAUAGACUGUAGUUCUACUAAUCAAGAAAACAACCACGUCGCAUUCUGCGGCGAUCUCCUCGACGUCUCAUUCGAUUUGCCCUUCAUUGAUUUCUUGCCAGAUUUUAUUCCACUUAAGAUCUGGGUUCAAGGCGAGGCAGUGGACAUGAGUCUUUACUUGCCCGAGGUGAACACAUCAAAGCUACUUCUUUUAUCUCUCGAUAAGAAUAUGAAGCUAGUUCCUUGCAGACUAAAAGCUUCCAAAUGGAGAAGAAAAUGCGUCAAGUCACAGGGUUGGGUGGAUUGCUGGUCCGUCCCUAUUGUGGCGCUAAGCGUCAGAUAUAAUUAUCAUCCCAUUCCUCCUUUGGGCCCCGAGCCUCAGGCAGACAUCACUACACCAGAAAAAGAAGAAAUUCUUUUGUCACCGAUGAGAAUACCAAGGAUGAGGAAACAACCCCAAAUUAAUUGGACAUUAGAUGGAAAUAAAUUCGACAGAACAACGUUACCACCUGAUAAGGUCAGCGUGGAACUUGAAGUGGGACCUUCCAUCCUACUGGCGUAUGGAACUAUUAUUACAAGCUUUAUGAAUUUACUAGAAAAUAUCUUUGGUGAAGACCAAACAUUUACUGACAUGCAAAAAACCCCAAAUAUGGAAACCUUUUAUUGGUCCAGUGAUAAUACAAAACUAAACGAUAAGAGCAGUGUGAACCAACACACUGAGAUAUCAAUAGACGACUCCACCGAUUCAAGUAAGGGUCCUUUCGACCCUCGACAUUACAGACCUUUGGACGUGACAGUGUCCAUUAUAAUCCACGAUAUACAAGCGCACUUAGUUAAAAAUUGUAGUGAAAGUGAACCGCCUUGUCCAGUCAUACUAAUCGAACGAUUUGGCUUUGAAAUGGACAAAAGUUUCAGAGAGACCAAAUUGCAACUUCUACUAAGUCCAUCAAUAUUAGUAUCUGCGAAUAACUUGUCUCGGUCGAACCCCACCAACUCGGGAGCCUUGUAUCAGGGUCACUUGAUGCUCUCGUCCUUCCAACUGCGAGGUAACGGCUUCUUCAGCGACACUAACAGAACUGUCGAAGAGGAUACUGUGGAGUACGCCUGGAUGAUGGAACUCCAGCUAGGUCAGUUGACUGGGCGCCUUACACUGCCCCAACUAUACCAAAUCAUAUCAUCAUUAGAAACCUUCCUGCUACUCAUAUGUGAUAGCGAAAACGAAUUAGUGCCUCCCAACCCUGCUAGACAAUGUCAUCACGGAUUAAACAAUGUAAUGUGUGCAGAAACAGAUCUUACGUUAAAAUACAGAUGUCCGACAGCAAAUGAAAUCAAAUACAAGAUGAUUCGAGUCGCGAUUGAUCUCAUCGACAUUUACAUCGCUGAUUCCAACACUACGCUACAGACGUGGAUCUCUCCAGUCAGACUAAGCUUUUGCAAUUUACACGGUUCUGGAUUCGGAACGGGCGUGACUGGUUUACUGCCAAAUAUAAAAUUAGCUCUCUACACUCAAACUAAUAUGCAAGCAAAUACUCAUCACCACUCAAAUGGUAGUAACAAUAGCCAGAAUAAGCCGCCUGAAAGUGAUAACUGGGUCGGGGUCGGCUCAGUGGCCUUAGGCCCUCUACUUAUCGAAGCUGCCUCAUCACUGCCCCAAACGCCUAAAAACCUACAUUUAGUUCAACAAAAGUUCUUGAAACUUCACGACGAUAAGACGAAACGACUUUGGUUCUUGUGGCCAGUUGAAGGAAAGAGUUCGCAAUGUGGUUGUACCGGAGGAUGUGCGUUCUUCGGUUCUAAUAGAAACGGUCCUAAUUUCUUGAAACCUAACCCGAACGACUUGAAUGAGGGAAUCAAUGUGGCUAUGUUUAACAUAAUAGAAACGACGCCGGGCGAGUACGGGUACGGACAGAGUCUGUUACAUCAGGGGCAACUUGUAUUCCAUACGCCGCCAUACAACAGUCUGAAUGUGUGCCUGCAGCCAACUAAUGUGGCCACUUUGAUACCAUCGCCUUUACCACAAAACUUAAACAAGUCCCCACAAAGUGCUGAGCGUCGAAGUCUCACAAGAAGAUUCUCUUACACAAGCAUGAGCAAAGGAAGUAACAACCUUCUGGUUUCUAGUACGAAAAGCGAUGUUCCUUACGCUCGCUUAGUAGAUUCAUCCGUGCCUUUGGGAAGUACUAAAAUUGAUAGUGACUCCAAACUCAACAAGAGUAUAUUGAACGUUCCUCAGAUGGAAAGCAGUGUUUCAGAUUCUAAGUUAGCGCUAAGUUGCGGCGCCAAAGAUAAUGCUAAUGUGACGGGUAAGAAACCGGCUCCAACUGAUACAGAGUCGUUUGUUGUACCUAAAGUGCCUGUGAGAAGCGUUGCUGUGUCGGAAUCGCAUUAUUCAUUGAACUCUCAAGUACCACCAGAAGACACCCUUCCCGCCGAGGUCCAGAGGACCAUGUCUAUUACAAGCGAAAACCAUUCCGAAGCUUUUUUCUCGGCUGACGAGGACAUGUUCCCAAGCCGGUCAUCUAGUUUGAAGCAUUCCUUCGGCAGUCGCCAUAGUAACCCUAGAGAUAAAAGCUCCUUUGGUAUCAACGAUAUUACGAACGAGAAAUGGACCAGUUCAGCGCCCAAGUCUGAGGCGGUAGACAUUCCUGAUACGAUAAGUAAUUUGAGCACUGGCGUACAGCCAGAUUCUGAAAGUGGUUCUGUGUCAUCAACAUCCUUCAUUUCUGCUAUCUCUUCGCAAGAAGAUAUGACGCUGGUAAAUCUUCACAUGCAAACAAACAAACCUAUAGUAGACUCACCAUUACUAAUGGCGAGUUACAUGCAUAACUUACCACAGUACAAAUGUCCUAACUGGACCUGUUGCUCCCUGCCAAGCGGGAGCGACGUCUUCACAUUACCACUUUUCAAAAGAGCCGAUGACGGCACCUUAGUUUACGUCGGACAAAAGUACCUGCCAAGCUUCGAACCAGUUGGUAAAAUUAAUAUACUCAGGCUGGUAUCCAAGAAAGAUCAUAAUAAUCAAAACCAGCAUGGGCCUUAUUCCAAUUUGCCUCCACAUUUUAACUCUCAAGUGAAAGCUCAUCCUUACCCGCAAGGCUGGUGGGAUGUUCAGCAGACCGUACAGGACAGCCAAGAGAACACCACUGAAAAAAGUACCGCAUCGACAGUAACGACCACAAGUGAUUCUAAAAGCGGGCUAUUCAUCAAGCUUCGAGGAGAAAUCGAUAUAAUGCUGACCCCACUUGUUCUAGAAAGUACUCAGAAAUUCGUCGAGUCCCUUACUCCGGUACUAGCAAAUAUACAUCCGAUAACAGUGAUAAAUCAUUUACGUCUGCUUUGUAUCUCAUCAGUGUCAAGUGCAAAUGUACUGAAACAAAAGCAGUACGUUCAGAACUGGCUGCCGCAGAUGCAAGACCGUAGCCAGUCCAACCUGGUGACGGAUAAGGACGACAAAUGUAAACUUGCAACGAUACCUCAUUCGAAUGUCUACGAAGAGAGCAUUUGUGAAUCUUUGCAAGCGACGGUCACCAUUCCCAAAGUCAACAUGAUCUUCAUCCAAUCUUCAGUAGUUGAGGACAUGAUAUCAUUCUCAGCUUUAGACAAUAUCCAGGACUUAACAUGCGUAUCUCUAUUCGGAGUAUCAGUGGAGAAUAUCAUUGCCAAGUACGUGAGCACGAGGAAGAAUUUGGAAUCUGUGCAAUUGUACUACAGACCUACGUUAAGAGCUUUGGGGAGUAAGAAGUCGUUUGGCAUAAUGAAAGGCCCACGUGCGUUGAUAUCUGCGCAGACGUCUGGAAAGAGACGUGGUCCUGAGAGAGGGGAGCCGGUUUAUAUUGAAGCUUCGCAACAGCAGUGUGAAGAUACUACUAUCACUUUGAAUGUCGGCAAAGUCCACGGUCAACUCCGGCGCAUACGCAACGAGUCCUCUCAACUGAAAGACGUCACAAUCACGGGCAUACCGUGUCAACAUUCCAAAGUGUCCUUCAAGUUCAUUCGUGUCGACUCUUGUGCUAAGGGAUGCGAGUCCAUGUGUUGCCAAAACGGCACAGCGACAGAAGCCCAAAAGGAUACACCCAUCGGCUUCAUCAUGUUCGAAUGUGGACUCGAAGGCAUCUCAAUAAAAGUGUCCAAACAUUCACAAUCCCACAAACCACAGACUCAGACUGAAGAGAAGAAACCUCUUAGACCUGAUAACGAGAGCUGCAGGGAAUCUGUCAAGUCUGCUGAAGAGACCAAACCUGAGAAAGACAGGAGUACUAAGAGCAGGACUUCGGGUAUCGAAGACCUGUUCAGAAAAAGAGAUUCUAGUUCCAAACCUAGUACUCCGAAUCUAGGGAGUGCUCAGCCUCCUCCCGUGCCCCCUCCACCUGAGCCGUCGACUCCUGGGCCUGAGGAACCGUCGAACAAUGACAGCACUACCACCGUGGUGCCUCUCAAAGACAAUGGGAACACAUCAUCUUGCGCGAUAGACCUCAAAGUGGUUUGGUUUAACUUCGCUGCUCCUCCGAGGACUCCUAUUACAAAGAAGAUUGAUUAUACCAGACUGGACUGGAACCUCCUAAGCACGGCGUCUCCCGCCAUCAACGCGUGGAUGAACCCGUGCAACCGGCUCGGCAUCCGCGUGGUGGCGCUGUACCGCGCGUACGCGAGGCGCCUCACUGCCACGGCUGCCAGUCUCAUGGCUGCUGCCUUGGAUCUCGCGCCGCAUCAUACUUUGCCUAAGAGUCGCUACGGCCGCCACACGCCGAUGGCUAAGCAGCUUCGAGAGGAGCCCUCCCUACAACUAUGUGCAGUGUUACUGCGGUAUGCAUUACAAGCUGACGCCGCGGCGGUACAGGCUGACUUGGCUGAACGACAUCUGCCGUCGCUGUCUACCUUGAGACAGGGAGUGAUAGUGCUGAGCCGUCAAUGGAAGAACAUCCUGUACACACCACUACUGCUGGAACAUAACUACAAGAGCAAGGUUAUGAAGCCGCUCAAUGUUACCUUCGCGUUACCUGAUCUUUUGGAGGAUUCAGUAGAAGGAUGGCAAGAGUAUCCUUUGGAGACAGAAGCUUUAGACGAGAAUUGUCUGCUUCUCAACAUGGACGUCGAUAAAGUCAACCUGCCUGCGUCCGGCGCGGCGGCUAGCCCGCGACCGCACUCGUUCCCAUCCACGCCGCCCUCCGUGCGCGGUGCACAGAGCAGCCGCGCGAGCCUGGUGUUCCCCUCGCUGCCAUUCUCCACCAGGAAGCCCGUGUUCCAUGACGACGCCAUCGCUAUGCGACAUGUGCACAGAGCAGCCGCGCGAGCCUGGUGUUCCCCUCGCUGCCAUUCUCCACCAGGAAGCCCGUGUUCCAUGACGACGCCAUCGCUAAGCAGCCGCGCGAGCCUGGUGUUCCCCUCGCUGCCAUUCUCCACCAGGAAGCCCGUGUUCCAUGACGACGCCAUCGCUAAGCAGCCGCGCGAGCCUGGUGUUCCCUCGCUGCCAUUCUCCACCAGGAAGCCCGUGUUCCAUGACGACGCCAUCGCUAUGCGACAUGUGCACAGAGCAGCCGCGCGAGCCUGGUGUUCCCCUCGCUGCCAUUCUCCACCAGGAAGCCCGUGUUCCAUGACGACGCCAUCGCUAAGCAGCCGCGCGAGCCUGGUGUUCCCCUCGCUGCCAUUCUCCACCAGGAAGCCCGUGUUCCAUGACGACGCCAUCGCUAUACAUUGUGCUAAUGUCCCGACAGUGCGCGGUGCACAGAGCAGCCGCGCGAGCCUGGUGUUCCCCUCGCUGCCAUUCUCCACCAGGAAGCCCGUGUUCCAUGACGACGCCAUCGCUAUAGAUUACGGGACCCUAAAGGAGGACCUACCGACAGUGGGGUCCAACCCAUCCCUGUACUCCCCACACGGCAGCGAUGAGAACAUCAAGAACGAUCGCGCCAGAGAAGACCUGUACCAAUGGAUGGCUAAACAGGAGCCUAUCAAAGUGGAGGCAAAGAGCAAGAAGCCAAUAAUCCCCCCUUCGAAGAUGAACCCGCGCGCCGUGGCCGCCGCCAUGCCUGCCUGCAGUCUGUACCCGCUGCAGGGAUCGCUGAUGCUGCUGGAUGCUCAUCUCGUGUUUCAACCGUUCUUGGCAGCGCUGGGUGUGUCGCCGCAUCAGGUUACGCAGGGUGAAUCUAAAAACAAGAGCGGGUCAGGCGAGGGCGGCAACAGCGGGCCGCCAGCACUGGACUCGCUCGGCUCCAAGCUGUCUCUCGUCGCCUGGAUGGACAUGUUCCGCAUCGACAUCGUCGUCAGCGACCUGGCCGCUAGGGCCAGUCGACAGGCGAAGGGGAAGAGGCCAGUCGACAGGCGAAGGGGAAGAGUGAGUAGUGUGAUGUUGUAUUGUAAGAACAACAGCGGGCCGCCAGCACUGGACUCGCUCGGCUCCAAGCUGUCUCUCGUCGCCUGGAUGGACAUGUUCCGCAUCGACAUCGUCGUCAGCGACCUGGCCGCUAGGGCCAGUCGACAGGCGAAGGGGAAGAGCAGCCAAACCCACGCGACAAUUCCAUCAGAAACCCCUGCCUUCCUUUGCGAGAAGGUGUCCAUCGACGUGGACUUGAAGAAAGUAGCAGACAUGGCAGUGGACGACCUCAUACAGCGACAGAACGUGCUGUACAUAUCGAGGGGACAGCUCAAGAAGCAUAUUAGCACUAUGCUCAACUUCAAUAUUAGCAUACGGUUCAUUUCGCAACAGGUGAACAUGCCACUGCUCCGGCUGCUGCAUCAGAUCAGCAACAUGUACCAGAAUGUAAAGGACACGCAGAUAGAACUGCGCACGCAGACCAAGAUCUCGCACCGACAGAACAAACAUACCUCGUCUUCAGUAUCAGACUUCAGAGAAAACCUAGUAAGCGUGACGUCCCUAGAGAAAGAAGUACAGUACGCGACACUUGAACCCAAAUGGGACCUCAUGGCGCCCACCCUGACUCCUGAGUUGGGGUUGUCAGUACCGCAGUCUCUGAGUCAGCAGAAGCUCAGUCAGCCGACCAGGCCCAGGCCACAGUCUUUCGCACAGAAGUUAAGAUCUACUGGCAAAAGUGUGAAGGGGAAGCUUGGCUACAGCUCUCUAAACGAGGGUGCUCACACACCGAUGUACGCGGCGGGAGUAGGUGCAGGCGCGGGCCGCGGCGCCGGGCCCCACGUCACCGCCGGCACCCCACCAGGCCCUGGGCCUCACGCAUCACUAGGCUCACCAGUGGGGCCCGGGCCGCACGCCUCGCUCAGCUCGCCGUCAGCUGACGCGGCCGAUGGCAAGCUGGCUCCGAGGUGUUGGCGGACAGUGUAUUUACUGCUCGACUUGUAUGCCAACAUGCCUGAUGCUGAGACUAUUACGCACAGGUUUUCCGUAACGACAGACAUUCCGGAACACUAUCGUCACAGCCGGCCCGCGCGGCCGAGCUCUCGCGAACAGAACACCAGUAACUCGUCAUCCAGUGCUGCCAACAUGGGCAUGGUCGUUGUCGGUGUUGCCAGGAUUCACCGCACCCGUCUCCUAGCCUCCCUGUCAGGGCUGAAGCUGGAGGCGGAGAUCACGUCGCUGCAGGCGUCGCUGUCGGCGUCGCGGGCGCGGCAGUGGUCGCUGAGCGGCAACCUCGGCCGCACCAUGAUCGUGCUGCUCGAGGGGCUGGCGCCUAACCAUCAAACGGUAGUCCGUGUAAGCGUGGGCAAAUCACAAGCCCUCUACGGCUGGGAGGCGGGGCGACAAGGUGCCACCGCCCUCCUCAGUGUGGGCGGAGUUAGAGUGGACCUGCCCCAACAUCCCGUGGCGUUACACGGUGUUAUGACUCGGUCGAGUCGACAGCUGUCAAGUACAUUGCAGGAACUAGGUGUAACCCGCACAUCAUCCCGGCUAUCCCGCGCGGGCCCGGGUGGUCCAGCAGGCGGGGCGGGGGGAUCAGGAUCAUCAUCAGAGGGUUCCCCCGCCCCCGCGCCUCGACCUCCGCGGCCACCUCGCCCGCCCCCCGCACACGCGCUGCUCAACCCGCUGCAUCUACACUUCUCUAUAUUGCUGCAGAGCCUGAGCAUAACGGCAGCUCUCCUGCCGUCACUGCAAGCACAGUACAAGAUGGAACAGGUUCAGAGUUCCGGCGUGACCGGCAACAAGGCGCAGUUCACUGUGGAGUUGCAGCAACACUCGCUCAGCUUCGUAACCAAGCUCCAGGUCUCUGAAGCCAACAUCCCAGCAUCAGCAGCAGUCUGGCUACCAGGAGUGCAUGUAGCAGGCAGGGUGCUAGAACAGCGAGGAGCUGCCAGACGCGAGGGAGCGUUACUCCGCGCCGGACGUUAUGUCGCAGCGAGUGCAGAUAUAGGACUGUUUGAACAUACGUUAUCUACUGAUCUGCUGAACCAUCUCGUGUUUGUGCAGAAGGUGUUUAUGAAGGAAGUUAACGAGGUAGUACAGAAGGUGUACGGCGGUGAGAAGCCAGUGCCGCUGUGGAACGAGGAGGAGGCCUCCACCUCCGCGCUCAGCAGGAUACUGUUCUCACUUACUAUUAGAAUCAAGCGCAUCCAACUGACAGCGACAACACCCAGCAACUCGGCAGUGCGACUAGAGACAGGAGCGGUGGAGUUCGAGAUAUCCAACCGCGUACAGAAUGUACAGCAACCCACAGAGCCGCAUGAAGUUAGACUCUUCGCUAGGGCACAGGUGGAUGUAAAUCUCAGCUUAGGACAGCUGAUCAGAAACGCGAUGUUUGAAGAGGCAGAACCCGAGUUCCAGCAGUAUGCUUUCUUUAACACUAGGAUAUCUAUGCGCAACGCAUUCCAAGACGAGAUGGUAUGUGGGGACGACAAGGAGGUAGUACUAAUUACCUUGAAGCGGCCUCUCAUAUACAUACAACCUGUCGCAGUCGAUAAAGCUAUACUCGUAUGGCUUAACUACAAGAACGCCUAUGAGUAUUGGAAUGAAAAGAGACUCAAUUUGAACAAGGAAGUGUUGACGGCUACACAGCAAGUCUUUGAGAAGGUACAACUGACGUCACAAAUUACAACGCCACACCUAAGCACGUUGUUCUUACAACUGAAUGUCGAUGAUAUUGGAAUAUGUUUGCCGCUAAACCAACCGCCUAUGGCUCGCUGGGGGCUGGGCCGCGGCGCGUGGGGCGCGUGGUGCGGCGAGGGCGAGGCGCGCGGCGCGGUGGUGGUGACGCUGGACGCCACCAACAUCGGCGCCUGCUCCUCCGGGGCCCUCGUGUCCAAGGGCCGCUUCGUGGGGCUGUGCCUGCGCUUCGCCGACGACUUCGAGGCCUCGCUCGACGACUGGAAGCCGAGGCCUGAUGAACCCAGCCUCAAUGUCUGCUGUGUGUCCGAGGGGACCUAUGAGGUCUGCAGUCGGACUACUGCGGCUAAGCAUAACGAAAACGCCAAAUGGUUCCUGAACGUAUCUUGGCAAAUGGAGGGCGUUGACAUACACUUGGACGUGAACGUCGGCAAACAAUUAUCCGCAUUGGGACACACGCUCACUAUGUUGACAGGAUAUGAAGAAGAAGAUCCACUGAAAAUGGACUACGAAAGUGACUUAGAUGAUGAGGCCGAUAACAGCAAAGACUCACAGGAGAGCAUAAUCCUCCGCCGCAAGUACACGGACCACCUGCCCGCCUUCGUGUUCGACACCAGCAUCGACGCCAAGAAGCGCUCCAAGCUCAUCGAGAAGGAGAUGAACGAGCAGGCCAAGAUCAUCAACGACCUCCGCACGCUGGGGGCCAGUCAUACUACCAUAGAGUACGAGAUGAAGAGGCUGCAUGAUUUAGAGGCGCUGGUGUUUAAGGAUUUCAGAAGGGAUAUGAUUCAAAAACUGCGUCGUCAAAGUGUCCGAGCCAGCUCCAUCACAAAGGGCAAGUUGGGACUGGGGUCUAACAGAAGCAAAUCAUUUGUAGUGCCUUCACCACCGCAGGAGAGGAAGGACUUUGAAGGUGCCGGGGAGCCGAACCUGGCCAUGUCUCCGGGUGUGGGCGACUCCGGCGAGACGCUACUGCUGGGCGACGAGGACAACCGCCUCGCCGACAUCAUUGAAGGCGGCAGCUGGAGCUCCAUGGAGAGUGAACCGCUUACUGGACCAUCUCGCUCAGCGUCUCUCCGCGGCCCCCGGCCGGGUACAGGUGGAUCCCGCCCCCUGGCCACCCCCAGUGUGCAGCGCCAGAGCUCCCUCCCAGCACACCCUGACCACUGGCCUGACGAGCUGGAGGGGGUCGAGCUAAGGAGGAAACAUGAACACAGCAGCGUACCACAAUCCGAAGGCCCUAGUUCCGAGAACAAGACAAGCAAAGCCAAGACAGCGGAACCGAACAUCGACUUCGAGCUGGACGUCAAAGUGUACAUCAACAGCGGCAAGUGUGUGCUGCACACCAAGGAGCCUAGCAAGGAGGAUGAUAGUAUUAAGAUUGGUCGCAUGCGCGUGGGUCGGUCUGCGUCGGGCGGGCUGGCGGAGGGCUCGGGCGCGGGCGGCUCGCCCACUGCGGCCCGGCGCAAGCAGCCGCAUCCCCGCCACCAGCCCACGCUAGACCUCACUGUGUUCCGCGUGCCUGGGUUAGAUCUUAAGGUGCAUUACGAAUCAAAAACACUACCCGAAGAGGCGACCUCCCCACAAACCGUUCCCCCACUUCCCUCCCUCAACGUGGGGGCACGUAAAGUGGGGGUGAAAAAAGCCGCACUCUUCGCCUGGAUCACGCUGCAGAGCAUUCCUGAGGAGACCAUCAUCAGCCCGCAUAUACUGGAGUUCUUGGAGCAGACCUUAGAACCUAUUCCGACUAAGGCUUCUUUCUCAACACCGACGCCUGAGGCGGAGAGCGGUUCCCGUUCCCGCUCGGUGGAGGGGGCGUCGUACGGGCAGUACGUGUACGCGUCGUUCCCCGUGGACGUCAUCGUGCACUUCCACAUGCAGCCCAGCACCUUCCGCUUCAGCUGCCUGCCCGCCUCGCGCGUCGAGUGCCUGCUGCAGCUGCCCAGCCUGCAGAUCGUCUUCAGCUCCAAGCGAGCCAGUGACGAGGAAAUGGCAGAACCAGCAGUCGCUAUGGGCGGGUUAAGCGUCACCGGCUGUCUGGCCGAUUUCUCAGUGAACAUGUUCCAUCCUUACGGCGGCAAGAAGUCCAGCCUCAAGGAAGCGCAGUGGUCCCCCCUCUCUGACACCGAGAGGAAGGACUCCUUGAGCAUUAACGUCGAGUUCGUCAAGUUCCACCUGUCUAGAUCCAGGAAGUUGGACUUCCAGACUGAUCAGGACCAGUCGAAGGCUACUGUCAGGUUUUCAACGAUCGUGGACGUUGGUUCAGCGUGGUUUAAAUAUGACAUGCGUCGUCUGGGCGAGAUCUUAGCCUUCCCUAAGGCGUGGUACAGACGGACGAUUGUAAGGCGCAUGUUCCUUGGAGACCUUAGUCUACACGACACGCGCGAUCAUGGAACUUCAAGCAACGCUCCAGUGUCACCCGUAUUGCCUCAGAGAGAGAAAACUAAGACUGUUGAUCAUCAAAAACCUAAAGAGAGUAAAGCAGCUGCGCCAGCGAUGGGCGCGGCGUGGGAGACGCUGGUGCUGUUCGCCGUGAACUUCACCAAGCUCAACGUGCACAUGAACAUGGGCAAUGUUAUGGGGAAUGUCAGUUGGCAGAGCCGCGACUUCAACUGCUCGGGGCGGCUGUCGAUCGGCAGCACGGGGCACCGCAACAUGCUGCUGGGCGUGGCGCUGGCGGGCUCGGAGCUGGACGCGCGCGGCGGCAUCGUCGGCGGCGCCAUCGCGCUCUCCUCCAUCGACACUUACGUGCACAUCGAAGAAGAAGCAGGCUGCAACCCCGGGCACGUGUGCGGCGUCCGACUAGCUGCACUGGAGCUGCGGCUAGAGUACAUGGGUACUCCAGUCCUGAUGGCGCGAGUGUCCCGCCUACAGGCUGCUCUGCGCGACGAGUGGCUGGCCCGGUGUCGCCAGCCGCCGCAUCACCCGCAUCGACCCACCUCACGGCCUGCGAUUAUCCUGACGCAUGGGACACUAAGCUGGCAUCAGCUCCAGAUCCUGAUGUCCAGGAGUACUACUCCAGACCUGCUGAAGAUGCAGUUGAAGCUUGAGGAGUUCUUCACGCAGCAGUUCAAGUCUAGCAAGCGAGUGUUCAGCUCGCUGCAUCCUAAUUAUACCAACUCGCGACGUGAUCGACGGGAACCACCACCGGCAGCAGCAUCGGCUGGCGAGGCUGGGUCAGCGCCGGCUCCGGAGCUGCGCCACCACCGGCACUGGCAGGAGGUGCUGUACCUCGUGUCCGGCAUGCAGCUGUCCACGCUGCCCACGCCGCUGCCAGCUAAUGGUACGGUACUCGGCGGUACAAUGGAGCUACACGGCAGUAACAUCUCGUUGGCUUGUUUCCAUGGCAACAGCUUCAAGUCCAAGUCGUGGGCGCUGUUCAGUUUGAAGGACCCUUGUAUCAGCUUCGCGACUGAGGCUCAGCAGGUCGCUAGUGAAGAGGGCAGCAUGGAGGUGCACGUGGUGCAGAGCCUGACGGCGAGCCUGGGCUCGACGGGCAGCGGCGCCCGCGCGCACGUGUCGCAGGCCACCGUGUGCCGCAUGACGCGGGCGCUGCUCUUCCCGCCGCAGUUCAAGACGCUGCGGGAGUGGUUCCACUACGCCUUCGCUAACAGCGAGAUCGAUGCCAUCGAACUGUUCCCAUCCCUGGAGCGUGAAACAAACACCAGCAGCUCAGGAGCGGGCAGUACCAACAGCACGGAGCGCAAGGCCGGUGCAGCCGACAAGCACGUGCGCGAGGUGAUCUUCGCGCUGCCCUCGCUGCAGCUGCAUCUGCGCACGCAUCAUCUGCAGGCGCAUGCGCCGCCCACUGACACCGAUGAAAAGCCGGUGGUUGAAUGCAGUUUCAUAACGGAGUUUGAAGAUCACAUAUUCGUGUCAGUGGACGCUGAAGCUUUCUUGUUCCUACAUGAUCUUAUUUCUUCGUAUAUCAAGGAGAAAGACAGAGUGAUGCCGGGCGCUUCCCGGGCAGGCUGGGCGGAGUCGGGCGGCGCGAGCACGUCGGCCAGUCGGGCAGGGGCGGCGCCGCGGCCCGAGGGCGUCGCGCAGGACUACCGCGACUAUCGAUGUGUUACUUGGCAUCUCGAGCCUACUGUCAGACUGCUGUCCUGGGCAGGCAAGUCCAUCGAACCAUACGGCGUGGACUACAUCCUUCAGAAGCUCGGCUUCAGCCACGCUCGCACCACCAUCCCCAAGUGGCUGCAGAGAGGAACCCUGGAUCCUCUCGACAAACUCCUGUCUCUUGUACUACUCAGACUUGUGGCCAUCGUGCCGCACAAGUGAUAUUAGACCUUACCGCUGUAGCAAUACGGCGCACUUUACAACAACAGGUGAGGUUAUUACUACAUUAUGGUUUCAAACAAGUGACUAGCGGAUGAUUUCUUUCUACCGUGCCGCACAAGUGAUAUUAGACCUUACAGCUGUAGCAAUACGGCACAUUUUUCUACAUACAACAACAGAUGAGGUGUUAACUACAUUAUUGUUCGAAACAAAUGACUGCAGUGGAUGAAUAUGUAUGUACUACAGCUAGUUGCCCCCGUGCCGUUCAGGCGAUAUUGGUCCUUGAGACAAUACAAAUACGGUGCACUUCACAACAACAGGUGACUUACUUUCGACAUUAAUAUUUUAAGAAUAUGUAAAUGAAUGGAAACGACAUAAUCCGGAAUUGUAACACGUGGUUAAGAACACUGAUAUCUAGCGACGAUCGAGCGACAUAUUGAACGAAUUGAAUUUGUAAUUAUAAAGUGCUUUAGGUUGAAUUGCCUAGCGCUAUCGAAAAUAAUGUGACAUUAUAAUUCUUAUAAUUCUGUCCAAGGAAUCCUUUUUAUAAUUCGACAAUCUAAACAUUCCUAAACUUAACAUGGACUUUAUAAUCAGACGAUAAGGUUGAAAAUUGAUAAAUAAAAAUGCUAAAAUGCUGUGGUUGAGGGAUCGAAAAUGAAAUGUAAUAGUUAUAUUGAAACAAAGAUGGCCUUUGGUGUGUAUCUGUAGAUUAUGUAGACAAUUACAAGUUUUUACUACACGUAUACAUGUAAAUCUAGUUGAAUUCUAAACAAAGAGUAUAUUAUUCUUCGAUGUAUAGUAGAUAAUUGCGAAAAGGAGUUUAAAAACUCAAUUUUCAACGAGAAUGGAUGAGUAUGAGAUUAUUUUUUAAUAUUAACGUUGAAACAUGUAUGUGCAUAUACAGUUUUAUAUGUAAAAUUGUGUAUAUGUGUACAUAAUCAAAAUAUAAAUGAUAUUAUUGUAUUUUGAGAUUUUGUGCUGCCUAGUAAAUGUUUGACUUCAAAACUUAGACCCACAGAUUUUAGCUAGGAAAUUGAAAUUCAUUAUUAAAAUAUAUACUCCAUAUAAAGUAUGAUAUUAACCAGUAACGUCUCUAGCAUUCCCUUCACUAAUAACUUUGGAAAUACAAAUAUAUUAUAUUCCAAUUUUAUGAGAAAGUACAAUUUAAUGUGAAUUUAUUAACAUACACCAAAACAGCGCAUUUCAUUGGCUUACACACUUCAUACUUGUAAAUAUUAGCAAAUUAUUUUAUAGGAAAAACAAAUAUGUUUUGGUUCUAUCACUUUACUUACUUGGCCAGUUUUUUUGCUUGUAUAAAGUUAUUUCUUCAACACUCCCUUUAAAAAUGAACCCCAAUAAGAAUUAAGUAGAUAAUAAAAAAAUCCCCUUAUAUGCAGAGAUCUAAGAAAUCAACACGAAAUUCUGUUUUCGACAUUUAUAAUUAUGUAAUUUUUAUAUACAGGGAAAUCAAUAAAAAAUAAGUCUGCUAAGAUAGCAAGAUUGUUUUUUCUUACAAUACGAUGCUUGAAUGCACUCUACAUAGAAAUAGUUUUCAUCCAGCUUUAUCAUUAAAAAUAUAUAUUUCAGGAGUGAAUCCUCGCACCUUUUAGCUGUUCCAAUAGAAUCCGCUAAGCAGUUUUCAACUUUAUUUUAUUCAUACAAUAAGGUAGGAAAUUGCUUAACAGCGAAACUCUUAGUGCUGUUAUAAUUUAGUAUUUUAUUUAGCGACCAAAAUGUUCCAUCACAGUUUUAGUUAUUAUAUCGUGUAAGGUGGGAUUAUUCUGUGAUUAUUGUGAAUGCAGUUAGUUCGUAAGUUAUGUGGAUCGUGUUUAUUGCCUUUGUUUUGUUGGGUGGGGAUGUUUGUAGCUGAGAGCUUGUCCAGAAGACGUGUAGGCUUGCUAGUGAUCCGUGAUACAACUUAUUUUGGCUCAAUAAAGUAUUGUUUUCUUAGUUUCUCUUAUAAUAAUGAUACUCCAAGCUCACCUCUUGUCAAUGCUAUCGACUUACCUCUUCUAGGCUGUCAUUAUAAAUUAUUUGUUUCUGUUUAUAAAAAUCAAGGGUAUGUCAUCCAGCAGAGUCUGACCAGAAUUAAUGUCCCUGUGACAAUUUUCCUUUAUGCAGUUCUCAAUGUAUCUCUCUCGCGACGAUCGCCUAUCUGGACCAACUCUCAGGAUAUUUUAAUCACUUAUUGACGUUAACUGUCACUUUUAUUAUUAUGUGAACUUUUUUAUUAAGUUUAUAUUUAUGUAUAUUCUUCUGAGAUGUUAUUAUUCCUAUCAAUACUAGUUUUAUUUGAAAACUGUAACAUGGGAUUUUGAGAAUCAUUAGACAUUCGGACUGAAGUUGUAAAAUAUUGUUAUCCCAUUUUGCAGUAUUUUAAUUAAAUUAUGAAGAUUUAUAAUAUUAAUAAUGCUGUUUAUACAAUUUAAGUUUGAAUUUUAUUAUCAUCCACUAUUUUAUUACUAUUAAAUAAACAAAUGGUUCACAAAUAAGCUACAAAUUGAAUAUUUCACAUUAUAUAAGGGGUUCUAAAUGCUAUAGUUUACUGGGAUUGUAAUACAAAGUAAGUUAAUUUGCGGAAGAAGUUGUAUUAUUUUGUAUAAUAGCGGUAGCGGUUAGGUUUGAUGGGCUUCGUUGCAUAGUACUGAUUAUAUUUUAUUAAAGCAUGGUGAUUUGUACAUAAUGUAUGUGAUAGAUAUCAAUAAAUUAUUAUUAGAAUUUAA